GAUCUAAGGCAUGCAGGUAGGCAACAGCAUCCGUCUUUUUUUGUUAUACAUAGUUCAAAAGAACGACACUAAAAGCGCUUAAUGUGGCUUUUUGUUUUCAACGAGUCGCUUAUCUCUAGUUAAAUAGUUUCCUUAUCAUAAUAUAUUAAUAUCUAUAAAAAAAAAAAUAGUAUCUUCAAACCUACGGUGUGCUUUCAACAAUAUAUUUCGUCAGUAAUCAGUAUAAUUAUAACUAUUACGAGUGUUUGUACUUUACUUUUAGUACAAAAUACAGAAGUCACUACUCGGAAAUAACUGAAAAAUAUUAUUGGACUAUUUAAAUCUAUACUAAAGUAGGCGCCAUGAGUAGCCAGAAAGGGAAUGCAGCACGCAUUCGACCACAAAAACAUCAAAAUCGGUUUGCGUUCAAAAAUAACCUCCACGACACAAAUGUACGUACCAAACGUAUGAAUUCCAUACAAGUUCACAGUGUUUGCCCUAGAUGUAAAGACAUAUUGGAAUGGAAGAUCAAGUACAAAAAAUAUAAGAUGCUGAAAGCAGCCAAGAACUGCAACAAAUGUCAUAAUAAGACUGUCAAAGAAGCUUACCACACCAUGUGCCAUCAAUGUUCAAGCACCUUGGAAUUAUGUCCCAAGUGUGCAGUACCGAGGAUCGAAUGGGCUAAAGAUGAUCAGAAAACAACAUCUGAAAACGGAGGUGAUGACAAAAAUGAUUUAGAAAACAGUGAUGAUGAAAACAAUGAUUCAGGAAGUGAUGCUAGCAGUAAUCUGUCCCCUAGUUGACCUGUGUAUAUUAUAGUUGUUAUAUCUAACUCAUUCCCAUUAUUGUUUCAUUAUUUCAAUUGGUUCGAUUAAAACUUACUUAGCAGUAAAGUAUUUACAUA